CGGCCGUAAAGCAGCGACCGGAGACCACGUGGGCUCGGAGGCGACCCCGGGCGCCCUUGGAGGGCCUUGGCUGUGCGGGUCAUGGCCGGUCCCCUGCAGGGCGGUGGGACAGGGGCUCUGGACCUGCUCCGGGCCCUUCCACGUGUGAGCUUGGCAAACCUAAAGCCGAAUCCAGGCUCCAGGAAACCGGAAAGACGGCGAAGAGGUCAGAGAAGAGGUCGAAAAUGUGGCAGAGGCCAUAAGGGAGAGCGGCAGAGAGGAACCCGGCCCAGACUGGGUUUUGAGGGAGGCCAGACUCCAUUUUACAUUCGAAUCCCAAAAUAUGGGUUUAAUGAAGGUCAUAGCUUCAGACGCCAGUAUCAGCCUUUGAGUCUGAAUAGAUUGCAAUAUCUUAUUGAUUUGGGUCGAGUGGAUCCUACUCAACCUAUUGACUUAACUCAGCUUGUCAAUGGGAGAGGUGUGACCAUCCAGCCACUUAAAAGGGAUUAUGGUGUCCAGCUGGUGGAGGAGGGUGCUGACACCUUUAAGGCGAAAGUUAAUAUUGAAGUACAGUUGGCUUCAGAACUGGCCAUCGCUGCAAUAGAAAAAAAUGGUGGUGUCGUCACUACGGCCUUCUACGAUCCAAGAAGCCUGGACAUUCUGUGCAAACCUGUUCCAUUCUUUCUGCGUGGACAACCCAUUCCCAAACGAAUGCUUCCACCGGAAGCGCUGGUACCGUAUUAUACAGAUGCAAAGAAUCGUGGCUACCUGGCGGAUCCUGCCAAAUUUCCUGAAGCAAGACUUGAACUCGCCAGGAAGUAUGGCUAUGUUUUACCUGAUAUCACUAAAGAUGAACUCUUCCAAAUGCUUAGUACUCGAAAGGAUCCAAGGCAGAUUUUCUUUGGUCUUGCUCCUGGAUGGGUGGUGAAUGUGGCAGAUAAGAAAAUCCUAAAACCUACAGAUGAGAGUCUCCUCAAGUAUUACAGCUCAUGAAUUCCUUCCAAGAAAGCAGAGUUGUAAAAGAGUUCUGGAAGAAAAGAGACUGAAACAUGUGUAUUUCUCAUCAUCUUUUCUCUAGUUGUAAAUUUUCCAUGUAGUCCCGUGUCCAUUUUUAUCUAAAAUUAAAAUAAAAAUGCAGUAAGCAAGGCUGUAUAGAGGAACUGAAUCUGUGCGGGUUCUUUCUCAGUUAAAGAAACAAACCCCCUGGUUUUCUUUCUGCCAAAGGAAGAUUAUAAUUCUUAGGGGAGCGUUCUUUUUUCCAUGAUCUUUUUGUCCAGGUCUGUGUUAUUGUUGCAAAUCAAAAUGAAGGUGCAGCUGGGACGGGAUUGAUGGGUGGGCCUGUCAAGGCUAAGCAGUUGCUACUGGUUGCCCAUCUUAAUCAGGGGCCUCAGGAAGCUCUAUCCAGUGUCAAGAUGGAAAGCUUUCAACUCUGGAUUAUUAAGAUUUGGGAUAGGAGUUUAAGAUUUAAGGCUAGUGAAUAAGUAGUACAAUAUUUGCUAGCAAAAUUGAAAUAAUUCCAAGCGAAUUCAUUUUCUCAAGUCAUCUGAUAAGAGUAGACAAUAAUGAUUAAGCCCUUAGCCUUUUUCUUGAACAAGGUUAAGUGUUCUAACUGAUAUUUUACUUAUUUCAUAGAUAGUGGAGACCUUUGUUUUUCAUUCAUUUUAAAUGAUUUUUGAAAAAUUGUUCAGUAAUUAUGUAACCCAUAAAAACAGCUGGUAUUGUGAAAAUUAAACUCAGUUAAUGUAAAAGUUUCAGCAAUCUGUAAGCUUAUUUAGCUUUCCAAAGUUACGUCGUAUCUAAACCAUACAGAAACGCAAUUUGUCCCGCUGCAAUUAAAUCUAAAUAAUUCAUGAUAAUUUUUCCACAGCGAGAAUAAAGUGAUUCCUGGCUGUCCCAUUUUCUUAAAAUAAAAAAAUUAAAAACCUAAAUGAUGCAA